GGACCACUUCGCAAUCGUUCUUGCCAUGGAUCUUGCGCCGACCGAGGACUGGGAGAUCGUCGAUGAGCUCUCGACGGAGAGAAGGUUGGCGCCGACUUUGCCCGCCGAAGCCACAACGACGCAGGUUGGCUUGCCGCUCCUGCCCGCCGAGGUCAUGACAAGUACACUGCCCGCCGCCAAGGGACCAGUUGAACCUUCUGUGCAAGAAGAAAGCACGUCCAAGGUCAAGGCCGCCAUGGAGUUCGAUGCCAACGCGAAAGCCAAAGCGGCGACUGCGACAUCCACCAAAGUCCCAGUUGUGCCAAAGCCCGUGGUCGACGACGCAGACCUAACGCCGAUCCGUGUCCGUGUCGGCGAGCGCAUCGAUGCCCAUCAGUUUCGCGCGGAUGAGACUGUCGACGCCUUUGUGGCAAUGGCCUUUCCCGGCGAGCACAAGGACGGGAAGCGCAUUCGCCUCAUUUUCAAGGGUGCUUAUAUGCUACCGGAAAAGUCCAUGGCGACAUAUCGAUUGAGUCGGAACGACGUUAUCCACGCCAUCAUCACAGAGCCUGUGCGAGAUGACGUGCCCACCGAUGCGGGCAGCACGCUGGACGUCGUGGGCUUUGGUCUCCGCGCAUCCGACGUUCUCCUGCUACUCACAGGCUUUAUUGUGCUCACCAUGUGGGUGUGGUACAGCAACUACCCGCAGCACUUUAGCUCACUCUCCUUCACAACCUUGCUGGCGCUCAGUGGUUUCCACGCCUACUGCGUCUAUUCCGCGCUACUCGUGCACCAAGAACUCGGACGAUGAACAUGGUCGCUACUCACGCAGAGAACGUCGCUUUGCUUAAACCCCGUAAAAUGACAACACCAAAUCGAUACAUUACUGUCCCG